CCCGUCAAAUGCGGGGGGUGAUACCUUUGCCAUUUGAGAUCGCCAAAAUCAAAUCUCAAUCAAAAUCGACGACUUCCCUCGCCCCCCCCCCGAUCUUGGUCUUCCGAAACCCUAAUCGGAUCGGAUCGGUAAGGCAAUGGACAAAACCACGAGCGUAAUCAGCAGCGCCUCGAUCAACUCCACCGUAACCUCAACGACUUCCAUGGAGAAGAUCAACCAGGCCGCGAGCUGCGUCAGCGCCUCCUUCAUCUCCGCUUUCUUCGCCUCCCUCGAGCGCUGCGCCUGCGUCAACCUCUCCACCUCCCAUGACGACGACGACGACGACGACAACGAGGAGUCCUACCACCGUCCCCUUGCUCUCUCCGCCGCGCCUCAUUCUCACGACACCCUUUAACCUCCCUUUUCAUCUCUCUGGGUAAUUGAAGAUCCUCUCGUGUUUUCUGUGUGUGUGUGUGUGUCUCGCAGCUCCCUGGGUUGAAUUCUCGUAAUGUGCUUAUGGAAAGUUCAGACCUUUUGGAUUGUAAAUGUCAGACGUUGAUUCUCUCUUCUUUCUUUUGUUUUGAUUCUCAUAUGCUUUCUCUAUCUCUGUGUACCUUAUGAUGAUCUUACUUGGGUUUUGAAUGAUUACUUAUGUUUGAUGUUUUCGAAUUAAA